UGACGUAUCGCGCUGAAGAGGGUACGUGGCAGUGACGUUGGUGGUCCGCCCUCUUUUCGGAUCGUUUGUUCCUUCGUAGCCGGGGCCGGUGUUUGGACCGGGGGAGCCAGGCAGCGCCGGGCGUCGGAACCAGGUCUCCGGGUCCGCACCAGGUUAUGUGCCUCCAUGAAUACGAGGAAACGCCACGGCUCUAGAAACACCAAUCAAGGCGUUUACCUGGGGCCCUCCCAGACGCAAGUUCUGCCUCCACUCACCACUGCCCCGGCUUCAGCAGCACCACCUCCACUCCCGCUGGACACCAUGUCGUGUCAAGAUCGCACCCAGGAGUUCCUCUCCGCCUGCAAGUCCUUGCAAAGCAGACAGAAUGGGCUUCAGCUGAACAAACCAGCAUUGAACGCUGUACGGCAAAGAAGUGAAUUCGCUGUCAUGGCCAAGCGCAUUGGGAAGGACCUAAGCAACACUUUUGCCAAGCUGGAGAAAUUAACGAUCUUGGCCAAGCGAAAAUCCCUGUUCGAUGACAAGGCGGUAGAGAUCGAGGAGUUGACCUACAUCAUCAAACAGGACAUCAACAGCCUGAACAAGCAGAUCGCGCAGUUGCAGGAGUUCGUCAAGGCCAAAGGCAGCCAGAGCGGACGGCACGUGCAAACCCACUCAAACACUGUGGUGGUGUCGUUGCAGUCCAAGUUAGCUUCCAUGUCCAACGAUUUCAAGUCUGUCCUGGAGGUGCGAACAGAGAAUCUCAAACAACAGAAGACUCGCCGAGAACAGUUUUCCCAAACGCCAGUGUCUGCCAUGCACCUUUCCACAAACAAUCUAGGUGGAGCUGCUGUGCUUCAGGACGAACCUCGGCGCUCGGGAGAUGUGGCUAUCGACAUGGACAACCGGAUGAGCCAGCAGUUGCAGCUCAUUAACGAACAGGAUUCCUACAUUCAGAGCCGGGCAGAUACGAUGCAGAACAUCGAAUCCACUAUCGUCGAGCUGGGCUCCAUAUUUCAGCAGUUGGCACACAUGGUCAAAGAGCAAGAGGAGACUAUCCAGAGAAUCGAUGCCAACGUGGAAGACGCUCAGCUGAAUGUUGAGGGUGCGCACACUGAGAUCCUGAAAUACUUCCAGUCAGUCACUUCCAAUCGUUGGCUCAUGGUGAAGAUUUUCCUCAUCCUCAUCGUAUUCUUCAUCAUCUUCGUGGUGUUCCUGGCCUGAUGGCGGAGGUGGCGUGGUCGCCUGCCCCUCCCCCAGAACUGUGUUGGGACGCUGAACUCUGUCGCUCGCUCUUCUGAUAGCCGGCACAGGGCGGAAGUGCCCACCGUGGAUCUGGCUCUGAAGGGGCGGUGCUGGCCAUUCUCAUUUGUUGUGACUUUCAGCCCAGAGCGGGCCCACUCUGAUUGGGAGUGCAAUAGCAUUUGGACUAUGCUGUGAAGGGCUUUGCCUCAACCUCCCCCCUCCUCCCCGCAAUGGGAUGUGACCCAGCAGGGGUGUGUAGAGGGACCAGCCUCUCAUUUCCCUAUCCUUUAUACUACCCACUUGCCCCUAAUACCUGGGACUCAAGCUCUAAUAGAUCCACGAUGGCAUGGACCUCAAAGACAUGGACCUUCAACCCCACCCAACAUCCAGCCCAUCUUCUCUCUAUAUGUAAAAGAAGGAAGCUGCCACUGGGCUGUGCCUUUUGCACAGGGCGUAUGCAUAUUUAGUCUUUCCUCCUUCAGCAUAUUUAAAAAUUUCUUGCUGCUGCAAGGUAGGUAGGGGGUGGUGGGAGGGCUCCUCCCCAAAAGCAGAGUUGGGCUAGCACAGGCCAAAGUAGCUGCCUGGAAUAGAUUUGGCUCUUUGCAGAAUGGAACGGGAUUGUCCUCUACUCUUCCACUUGCCCUUGCCUUUGUAUAGCUCUCCUAGAAGGAGAAGUUCUCUUUAUCCUUGAUCUGGCCAGAGUGUUGCCUCUGUGCCCAGACUCUCCUGGGUGGGGAAGGGGGGGAGAUCAGCUGGGCUCAGUCCCUCACUUUCUCUCAUGAUGAUGCUUAGAGGACGGCACCUGGACCUCCCGUCGAUACUGGCCUCUUUCAACACACUCUGCUACUUUUGGUCAAUGAAUUCACCCACUAGUGCCUCCUCUUGCAAUGAAGCAGUUCAGGCCUUUGCUCCAAACCCCCCAAUCUCCUCCUCCUCUCUCUAAAACAAUUAAAGACAGUUUUCCUGGUGCUCCAACCUAACCUCUCUAACCAGUUCCACAUAUAAAUAUAACAGUUCAAAUUUAAUCUUCCAUCCCCCCCCCCCCUUUUAAUAGCCUCUACUGAGGCCUUUUCACUCCUCCCCUCCCUGCCUAGUUCUGGAGGCUGAGCUGACAUCAAUUCAAAGCCUGCCAUUACUCCACCAUCUCCUUUUCUGGCCAGUGGGUUUCUUCUCCCCUCCUCCAGGUGAAAUGGCCUUAACAUUCCGUUGUGAGCGUUCUUUUCUAGGCUGCCGUGCGGCUCUCAUCUCAUGAGCUGGCAUGGUGUCUCUGCCUGCCUAGGAGAGAGGAGAAGGGGCGGGGUGGUGAUCGUGAUAACCUUAUCCUCAGUCCGGAGGAGAAGAGCCCAGGCUCCUGCCUGUGCUCAAAAGCUAUUAAAAACUUAUUUUAAAAUCUA